GGCAUGAACUUCAUCGCUGGGUACCUCAUUAUCAUCACUAAAGAUGAAGAGAAAUCAUUCUGGCUGAUGGACGCUCUGCUGGGCAGGAUACUACCAGGUGUGUGUGUGGGAGAGCAGCUCUAUUCCUGUCUCAUCCCCCUGCCGUGGGUCUAUGUAUAUCCCAGCUGAGGUCACAUGGUCUUGAGCCUCGUUAAGACCCAUGUCCCGUCACACGGAGGGGAGGGCUAAUCCUAUGAUGUCACACAGGAAAUUACAUCACGCCCCAGCCCACUACCCCCCCCUUCCUGUUCUGGCAUAGUCGGGCUCCACUCCGGCAAACAGGUGGAUUUGAUCUGAGAUCACGUUCGUCACUGUGUUCAGGGUUGAUAUCUUUGAGGUGUGUUUGUGACUGUUGAUACUAAGUUAUGUGUCCUGUCUAGACUACUACACCCCGGCCAUGCUGGGUCUGAAGAUGGACCAGGAGGUUUUAGGGGAGCUGGUGAGGACCAAAGCCCCAGUUGUGUGGCAGGCCAUGGGGCAACACAACGUCAUGUGGACCCUGGUGGUCUCCAGGUGGUUCAUCUGCCUCUACAUAGACGUCCUGCCUGUAGAGGUGAGGGGGAUGGAGGGCGGGUGAACUAGGGGAUUGAAAAACAAGGAGAGAACUUUGGCAAAAUCUUUGUGGUUGUUGGAGUUCUAUUACUACGUUGAUGCAACUAUUGAAUAUGUGAACGCCCAGUCAGGUUUGAGUCUGUGAUCUGUUGUAGAAGGGCUAUUAAAUAAUGCUUUAUCAGUGCUGACUAAGACACUGAGCUUUAUCAGAGGCUCAGCUCCACAACAGGUCUGAAUCAGGUUUCCAGGGCAGAAUGGGAUCUGUGUGUCAGGAGAUCAGUCUGCUGAGCUGAACUAAGUCCAGGGCUGUGUCCUGGAGCAGCAGGGAGGGAAGGAUGACGCGGUAUCAUGAAGUAGAAUGAUCAUGAAGAACAAUCUUUACAUCUUUCAUCACCGUGCCUAGUGUCACUGUCUACCGUCUCAGCUAAUAUGACUGUCCUGCUGCCCUUCUGUUGUUAUUAAACCUGACUGUCCUGCUGCCCUUCUGUUAUUAAACCUGACUGUCCCGCUGCCCUUCUGUUGUUAUUAAACCUGACUGUCCCGCUGCCCUUCUGUUGUUAUUAAACCUGACUGUCCUGCUGCCCUUCUGUUGUUAUUAAACCUGACUGUCCCGCUGCCCUUCUGUUGUUAUUAAACCUGACUGUCCCGCUGCCCUUCUGUUGUUAUUAAACCUGACUGUCCCGCUGCCCUUCUGUUGUUAUUAAACCUGACUGUCCUGCAGCCCUUCUGUUGCUAUUAAACCUGACUGUCCUGCUGCCCUUCUGUUGUUAUUAAACCUGACUGUCCCGCUGCCCUUCUGUUGUUAUUAAACCUGACUGUCCCGCUGCCCUUCUGUUGUUAUUAAACCUGACUGUCCCGCUGCCCUUCUGUUGUUAUUAAACCUGAUGCUCUCCUCUCUCCAUUCUCCUUGGUUCUCCUACUCAGACGGUUCUGCGUAUCUGGGACUGUCUGUUCUACGAGGGUUCUAAGAUCCUGUUCCGUGUGGCUCUGACAUUGAUAAGGAACCAGCAGGCUGAGGUCCAGCAGGCUGGUUCCCUGCCUGACGUCUGUGACAGCUUCAAACACAUGACCAGAGGCCCCUAUGUAGAGGACUGCCACACCUUCAUGCAGGUACACAUAUACACACACACUGAAAUGAACAUUGUGUGUGUGUGUGUGUGUACCAUGAUGAUCUCUGUAAUCCUUUGUCCUGCUGCUUUCCCAGAAAAUCUUCACGGAACCCGGAAGCCUCUCCAUGGCAACCAUCACCAAGCUCCGGGAGAUGUGUCGAGCACGCAUCAUCGCUGAGGAGUCCUGA